AUGGUCUCCUACAAUGACUUCCUUACUACUGACGCGCUCGACACCUACGAAGACAAUGAGUUGUACACCAGGGAGUUCUUGCCAAGGCUCGAGAAGUACCGUUCUGAUCUUGAGAACGCCAUUAAAAAAGAGUACCUGAUCCAGGUCCCCAAGCCUGCUGAGGCCUUGGCUGAGGAGCAGUUCAAUGCUCUCCAGUAUCUUUACGACGAGAAGCUCUUGACCGAGAAGGAGUUCGAAAUCACCGACUCGUCUUCCUCGAGAAUCGUCAACCAGAUCGCCAAAGGCGCUUGGUCUGCAGUGGAGGUUUUCAAGGCUUUCGCCAAAAGAGCCACCAUCGCCCAUCAAUUGACCAAUUGUGCUUUAGAGCUUUUCACUGACGAGGGAUUGGAGCGUGCCCAGUACUUGGACGACUACUACGCCAAAAACGGUAAAACUGUGGGUCCCUUGCACGGUUUGCCUAUCUCCUUGAAAGAGCAGAUGAACUACAAGGGCAAGAUCACGCACGGUGGUUACGUGUCUCACAUUGUCAAUAUACCCGAGAAGCACGCUCCAUCGGCCGAAAUCUUGGAGAAGUUGGGCGCUGUGUUUUAUGUCAGAACAAACCAGCCGCAGACAUUGAUGCAUUUGUGCGGCAACAACAACUUCAUCGGCUGGUCAAAGUGCCCUUACAACGUCUCUUUGACUGCAGGUGGAUCCUCUUCCGGUGAAGGUGCCAUCACUGCUUUUGGUGGCUCCUCAAUUGGUAUUGGUUCCGAUAUUGGUGGCAGUAUCAGAGGCCCUGCAGCCUUCUCUGGAUCCGUGGGCUUGCGUCCAACGACAAGCAGAUUUUCCAAGGCUGGAGGUGUCUCGUCCGCUGGCGGUCAAGAGUCAGUCCCUGCUGUGCAAGGCCCUAUGGCUAGAUCCAUUGAUGACAUCGACAUGUUGAUGGAUGUCUACGUUAACCAGGGCCAGCCUUGGACCAUUGACUGCACCACGAUCCCUAUUCCAUGGAGAAAGGUUGAGAAGCCUAAGCCCGAGAACUUGACUGUGGCCAUUGCCUACGACGAUGGUAUUGUCAGCCCCACACCACCAAUUUUGAGAGGCUUGAAGCAUGUCGCUGACAAGCUCAAGGCUGCUGGUGUUAAGGUCAUCGAGCACAAGCCGCUCAGAACCGAAUUUGCAUACGAACUUGUCAACAAGAUGUACUCUGCUGAUGGUAACUACAAGCAAAGGAAGCUUUUGGCUGGUUCCGGUGAGCCAUUGUGCAAGAUGACCAAAUGGAGUUUGAACUACGGUGAGGGCUCUAGAGAGUUUGGUGUUGCCGAGAACCGUCAAAUGAGCAUCGAUAGAGAUUUGUUGAAGCAGCAAUACACCGACUACUUGAACGAGAACAACAUUGACAUGCUUAUCUCGCCUGCGUUCGUCAAUGUCGCACCAAAGCCAGAGACCGCCUACGUUUGGUCCUACACCACUCUUUUCAACCUUAUCGACUUCCCCACAUUGGCAUUUCAAACCGGCCUUCACCAAGACCCCAAGCUCGAUAAGUGGGACCCCAAGCCAGCUGCCAGAAGCAAGUUGGAGGAGCUUGAACACGAUCAGUAUGACCCUGAGCAAUUCAAGAACGCCCCAAUUGCAUUGCAGAUCACUGGUAGAAGAUACUUUGACGAAGAGGUUGUUGCUGCCGGAAAGACGAUCGUUGACAUCUUGAAGGUGGAUUUGCUUAAGCAUCACUAG